AUGUAUGAAGACCAAGGUUUAUUUGUCCACAGCAACAAGGGCAGGUUGUACAAGGGUACAAGCGGAAAUAACGCUCCUAAGACUAGUAUAUACGACCCAGCCUCCGACGCUUGGAUCGCGGCGGCGGACAUGAAGAUCGGGCGAGGCUACCAAUCCUCAUGCACAUGUUCCAGCGGCCGAAUCUUCGAAUUGGGCGGAUCAUUCACCGGCAACAGGAAAGUCCUCAAAAACGGAGAGAUCUACGACACCAAGACGAACACAUGGACUCUGCUCCCCGGGUGCCCGGUGAAGCCCAUGCUAACAGCCGAUAAGAAAGGCCUGUUCCGUUCCGACAACCACGCCUUGAUGUACGGUUGGUCCAACGAAACCGUGGUCCAAGUCGGGCCCAGCAAAGCCAUGAACGUGUACUUCGUGUCCGGCACUGGUGGCCAAAGAGGCGCCGGUUUACGCUUGGACGACGGGGACGCCAUGUGCGCCGCCUCCGUCAUGUUCGACGCCGUUGGAGGUCAAAUCCUAGUCGCCGGCGGGUCACCCAACUACGACGACACUCCCGCCACCACCAACGGCUACGUCGUCACCGUCGGUUCACCCAACGCCAACUUCGCCGUCAGGAAGACGGGCAACAAAAUGGCCUACCCGCGUAUCUUCUCCAACUCCGUGGUCCUGCCGAACGCGGAGGUCUUCAUCAACGGGGGCCAAGCCGUCGGGUUGCCGUUCAGGGAGGACGGAGCCCAGUUGACCUCGGAGAUCUACUCCCCCGACGAUGACCUGUUCCGAUUGGCGGCCUUCAGUAUCAUCCCCCGGGUUUACCACUCGCUUUGCCUCUUGAUGCAGGACGCCACCGUCAUCUGCGGAGGCGGCGGUCUCUGCGGGAACUGCAAGACGAACCACUUCAAUCUCCAGAUAUACACGCCGUCCUACUUGUUCAACGACGAUGGGAGCAAAGCGGUUAGGCCUGUCAUCUCUAGCGUGUCGGUCACUAAGAUCAAGCCUGGUGGAAGACUGGACUUCGUGACGGACAGUGACGUUGUCUACGCGAGUUUUGUUCGUUUGGGGAGUGCCACGCACUCGACGAACACGGAUCAAAGGCUUGUGGAGCUGGAUCUGAACGAAAAGGAUGUUGAUAACUCUUAUUAUGUGGUCCUACCGACGGACCCUGGGAAAUUGCUCCCUGGGUACUGGUGGCUGUUCGUUCUGAACGAGGACGGCACGCCGAGCAUCGGAACUACAAUACAGGUUACUUUACCAUAA